AGAGUCGCUCGUCUGUCUUGUCUCGCAGAGAGACCAACGUUUUGCAUUGUCCGAACAAGGAAGCUCCCAGUCAUGUCCGUUUGCUGCGCAUCGGCGCAACUAACCUUUCCGUCUCACACAACUACGCCACGCCGCGUCAGCGCUAGAAUGUCCAACCAGCCACCAAAACCCACCACGACCACCACCAGCAUCUUCACCUCCGCCACAAAGCUACUCUGGGGCCCAUCUCUCCCUCCGGGUCUACUCAUCUCCACCGCUCGAACAGCCUGGUCCACCGUCUGGCAUCUCAUGAUGACCCAGCUCGCUCCAUCAGACUCAUCCGGGUCAUACACCCGACCCACUUCCCAGUUCCGCCUCAACCCGACCCAGUUCCCUUCCGCCGCUUCUUCGGAGCUCCAUCUCUACGUCGGUCUCCCCUGCCCCUGGGCUCACCGAACGCUAAUCGUGCGAGCUCUCAAGGGCUUAGACGACGCCGUAUCGGUCUCAGUCGCUUCCCCGGGUCAAGACGGCUCGUGGGAGUUCAAGGAUAACACUAUCCCGAUUAGGGAUAAGGAUAAACUUAUCCCGGGUUUGGAUAAGGCUAACCGGUGUAGGAAUCUGAAGGAAGUGUACAAAUCUAGAACCGGUGGUUAUGAUGGGAGAUGCACAGUUCCAAUGUUGUGGGAUUCGAGAAAGAAAGAUGUUGUCUGUAACGAAAGCUACGAUAUCAUCGAGUUCUUCAAUACAGGUCUAAACGAACUCGCCAAAAACCCUAGCUUGGAUCUCACGCCACCAGAAUUAAAAGGAAAGAUCGAAACUUGGAAUCGGAUUGUGUACCCUAAGGUUAACAAUGGCGUUUACAGGUGUGGAUUUGCGCAGAGUCAAGAAGCGUAUGAUCGAGCAGUGAAUGAACUUUUUAGUACCUUAGAUGAGAUUGAAGAUCACUUAGGUAGUAACAGGUACUUGUGUGGAGAAAGGUUGACACUGGCUGAUGUUUGUCUCUUCACAACUCUGAUUCGUUUUGAUCCUGUUUACAACAUUCUGUUCAAAUGCACCAAGAAAAAGCUCGUUGAGUACCCAAAUCUCUACGGCUAUUUGCGCGAUAUAUACCAAAUUCCUGGUGUUGCGGCCACUUGUGAUAUUCCCGCUAUAAUGGAUGGGUACUACAAAACGCUGUUUCCUCUAAACGCAAGUGGAAUCCAACCGGCCAUUUCUUUAUCUGGCCAUCAAGAUUCUCUCUUGAUUCCUCAUAAUAGAGACUCGGUGGGUAAAGCCUUUGUAGCACAGAAUGCGGUUUAAAGCGGUGUAUAUAUGUAAUAAAUCAAAGCUCUGGUUGUGUUCUGAACUGUGGAUCACAUCAGAACUGUACAUGAAGAGGAGAGAAGCGUUGUACAAAUACUCUUAAUGGGAGCCUCAUCUUUUGAGUUGAGAUCACUGUCUUAUAAAUUGUGUAUUAAUAGAGACAUGUUUAUAAUGUUAAACCAAAGUCAUAGCCAUUUUAACUAAA